AUAAAACCAUGGACCCCGUCACUAAACAUGUGCACUAAACAACUUUUUGCCUUAUUUCCUCAAAAUACUAAACAAAUCAUUAUAUCAUUCCCUUUUUAUUUAAUAUUAUUAUAACAGAGAUAAGAACCAGAAAACAAAGAUAGAAAUAUAUGAUACACAAACAAACUCCAAGCAACAUAUAAAUCCCCUUUGUCCUACUGCACCUCCCCACAUUUCCAUAUCCUAUUCAUUCCACACACACACAGAGAGAGAGAGAGAGAGAGAGAGAGAGAGAGAGAGAUGAAAAAAUAUGGAGCGGGAAAUUCGUUGUCUUACUGCGCAAAAGAGAGGAAAGCAUGCAUCAAUUGGGCAGAUAAGUAUUUCAAAGACUGCCUAUGUAACACGAGAGAUGAAUUAUCAUUCGGUUUUGGACUAAUAAGCCUCGUUUGUUGGGGCGUCGCUGAAAUCCCUCAAAUCGUCACUAAUUUCCGUACUAAAUCCGGCCACGGAAUUUCCCUCGCCUUCCUCCUCACUUGGAUUGCCGGUGACAUAUUCAAUUUAGUGGGUUGUCUUCUUGAACCUGCAACUUUGCCGACUCAGUUAUACACAGCUGUGCUAUACACAACCUCCACAGUUGUUCUAGUUAUCCAGAGCAUAUACUACGAUUAUUUUCGCAACAAAUGGCGAAACAUCCACCACAAACACUCCAAUCAAGAGGUUGAAGACAUGAAAAGGCCUUUAAUGAGACCACAAAACCCAAUAGAUUCUGCAAUUGCAAUACCAAAUGGAGCACAAAGAGCAACAUCUACAAGAGAAGCCUACUAUUACACAUCAGCAAGAUCAAUGGCUGGUAGCACAACUCCACCGAUGCGGUCUUAUCUUUGGCCCGUAAAAAGUGGUCCUUCUGCCAUCGGACUCGACAACAAUUCUUCUUCUGAUGAUGAAUCUAAUCCUAUUCCACCUAGGAAUAGUAUCUCCAGACCUAAACCAAUUCCAAAAUCGGUAGGUUAUGGAGCGUUUUUAGCUACAUCGAUGAAUAUGCCUCGAGAAAGCAGGGCUUUGGUUCAAGUGUACGUUGGAUUAACUGGGAGGAAAUUAUUGCAAGAACAUGGAUCGGAAAGUGUUUACGGUCAGUGGUUGGGUUGGAUGAUGGCUGCUAUUUACAUGGGUGGAAGAUUACCUCAAAUAUGGUUAAAUAUUAAAAGAGGCGGCGUCGAGGGAUUGAAUCCUCUCAUGUUUAUAUUUGCACUACUUGCUAAUGCUACUUACGUCGCCAGCAUUCUUGUGAGAUCAACUGCCUGGAAUAAAAUUAAAGCCAAUAUGCCGUGGCUGCUGGACGCUGUCGUCUGCGUAUUGCUCGACUUAUUCAUAAUACUACAGUAUGUGUACUACAGAUACCCUCGGAAGGAAAAUUGCAGCAGCCUGAAAGAACAUGAAGAAAAAAAAUGAAACCAUAUAUUUAAAUAUGGUCUCUUUUGUAAUUUAAUGAAACCAUUGGUCUUUUUUGUAAUUUAAAUCCCCAGUGAGUGUGUGUACUUUUUGAGUAUUCGUUGGUAGUCAUACAUUUUAUUUUUCAGUCCAAUAAAAUAUUUAAUUCGGUCCAACAAGCUCUGGCCAAUCAGAGGCAAAGGGCCCAACUUGGGGCCCAUUUACACCUAA